AAUAUGCUACUGAAUACUACACACUGUUCCUAUGUAGAAAUGGGUAGUGAUUUGUUUUUAAAUAGACGUAUAGUGAUAGUUUCGCUUUCUUUAUGCGGGCCUGUCCGGGGGAAACACUGAAAAGUUACAGUAACUUACACAACACCGAUGUACUCUCAAGUGCGUCACAGCGCGGGGAGAUAGGAAGAAGAGCUACUCUCACCUGCUGAGGACCUGGAACUGCUCUCAGUCUGAUGGUCAGAGAUUCACAGCAACAACAACAACAACAGCACUGUCCGACAGUCUCUAUCAACCUUCAGGUCCUGCGGCUUGUGGAGCAAAGUCGAGACAUAGAGCAUUUCCGAAUUUACGAAGGUCUCCACUUCCUUGCAGUGACGUCGCUCAAACAGUGGCACGUGAGGUUGGGAAAUUACCUCAGCCGUCACCCUGUAAACAGAAAACACCAAAACUAACAUCAUAAUUUAAAUAUAUAUGAUUGGAGAAAAACAAAUAAAGGUGACUGUAACAUGUGAACGAUUGUAAUAAACUAAAGCAAAGCAUUUAUUUGCUUUAUAUGUUUGUAAUAAAUGCAUGUUGUUCAUGUCAGUGUCCAAUAGAUGGCCGUGUUUUAUACAUUUAAAUAAAAAGCUGCAAAGAUUAACACUGCUGCAAUGUUGGCGGUAGUUAAAGCAAAUGACAAAAGUGCCUACUGGGUGUCACACAUGCACAUACAUGUAAACUAUUAGAGGCUUUAAACUACAAAAAGUACCUUGUGUUUCAUAUGUAACCCGUUCACAUUAUUGAUAAAGGCCUACAUACUUAGAGGAGCAGACUAAGAGGAGGUGCAGACUGAGAGAAGAGGCAGAGCGGACUGUCAGAGGAGGUACAGAGUCAGACAGAGGAGGAGCAUUCAUCAGGAACACAGCAGCAGGUUGGAGUGUAAUGCAUUUCUGCAAACAGAUCUGACCCUUUUUAAGAUUGUGGGAUCGAGGAGAUCUAAGUCUGCAUCUGGUGUUUAUGGACCAAAUCACUCUGUUCGAUUUUGUGUUUUUGAAAUAACUUUGUGAUUAGAGUUGUUGGUUAAUUAGAACGUUCAUGAAACCAUUAAGUGUGUGAUUCCAUGGUUCCAUUUUUUAACUCAACUUCUGUAACUUGGCUGCUGGAAUGUACUGCCCUCCAGCAUGAAUUAGAAACAUUACAUUUCCUUUCUCAAGUGAAGCAUCACCACCGGGGUUACACCAGACCUGUAACCUUUCUGAAGCUCUUCGGGAUGUUUCCUAUGUCUCUCCUACUCGCAGCGCUUGGCGUUUUUGCGCUUCUGGAAACUUUUACGCACGGCUGUCAGCUCCCCUCUGAGUGGCGGCCACUGAGCGAAGGCUGCCGGGCUGAGCUGGCGGAGAUCAUCGUGUACGCCCGGGUCCUGGCGAUCCACCGGGAGCCCCUGGGCGGCGGCGGCAGCCUGUACAACUCGCUGCCAUUCGGCUUCGGGUAUGGGUACGAAGGCGCAGAAGAAGGGCUGCUGUACUCUGCAGAAGUGGAGAUGCUGUGCGAUCAGGCCUGGGGCAGCAUGCUGGAGGUGCCCUCUGGAUCCAGGCUCAACCUGACCGGGCUGGGCUAUCUUUCGUGCCAGUCCCACACCGUGAUGGAGAACAACUCCUACUUUUUCUUCCUCAGGAUGGAUGAGAACUACAACAUCCUCCCCCAUGGUGUCAACUUCCAGGAUGCCAUCUUCCAAGACAACGACAACAGACGCAUGUUCUCCAGCCUCUUCCAGUUCUCCAACUGCACCCAGGGGAGCCAGCCUUUCCACACCUUCAGCCCUGAAUGGGAACACCAGGAGGACAGCAGGCUGCUUUGUUCCUCAGUGCAGGCCGCACUGUUCGAGGAGGAGGAGCGAGGCCGCAAGAUGCACGAGCGCCUGGAAGUGGCGGAGAGGAGGAACCGGCAGCUGAAGGAGCGCGUUCGGAAGGUGAAGCGAUCCCUGAGGAAUGCCCGCAAGGCUGCACGAAAGGCCGAGCAGCAGGCAAAGGAGCUGCAGGGGAAGUUGAAGGCUGCGGAGUGGAAGGUGGGGCAUCAUCUCAACGCCAUCACACCAGAGGAGCCUCUACCUGGGCGUUAUGCAAGUACGACAAUACACAAGAGAAUGAAACUUUAGUUUUCCUGCCUCUAACUGCCAGCCACCUGGACUGAAAAAUGGCCGUGGAGGACCAGAGACUGCUGGGCGGUCUCUGUGUGAGAGACAAAGACAUAUCUACUGUCCCAAACAAAGUAAUGAUCUACUUAGGUUUCUUGUAAAUAAAAGUUUUAUUUUCUCUAUAGUUUCCCUGGUUGCGCUCAUACAAAAGUGAGUUUCAGGGGCAUUCCUGGUCCUCACAUGCUCCCUGAAAGAGAAUCAUUUGCUUUUUCCAUGAUUGCUCUUUCAGGUGGAGCAUUACUGUUGCUCUGCUGAUUUGACACAGUAGCCACUCUGUGCUUGUGCAGGCCUGAUCACAAACACAAAGCAAAGCUGAGCAGUUUAGUCUCCGAAAACGUAUGUUCUCCUACAACAUAACCGUGUUGUUAUUCUCGUCGAGUGAAACAUACUUUUGUUCAAUAUUAAGUUUGUUUAUUACAGUUAAAUAGUUUGGGAACCUAUUUUUUAGGAGACAGGGUUGAGCUUUGGUAGUUACAGCAGGAGUGUUUUGGAGUGCUCAAUCAAAAACCCUUUAGAUUUUAAAACAUUCAAAGGUAGAGUUUCAAUUCAUCAUUUACUUUAUGGGGUCAGGUUGAGUCAACAUGUGAAAAUAGUUGUAUACUGCUAUAUUUACUAAGUCUUACACAUAACCCAAAUGAUGUCUUUGGGUUAACUUGGUCUGGGUUCUUAAAUAUGUUAAGAAGAAAUCCUAACAAUAUAAAAUGUUACACAUUGAUGCAGCCUUUUGAAACAUAUUGUAAGACAACUUGCCACAGCCAACAGCUCAACAACCAAAUGUUACAAUGGCCUGGUGAACCAAUGUCAAGAAACAUUACUUUUGAAUGAUUAUUCAACUUUCCCUGACCCAUUGUUAGCAGAGAUUGCUGAAACUAGGAAGGUUCAUUUAUUAUUCGUUUUUUUUCACAGUUUGAAACGUGAGUUUAUGUAUGGAUAUUUUUAUAUGUCUGUUUUUAUGCAUA